AUGCCUCUGGAAAUAUUAAAGUUUCCGUAUUUGGUUCAACAGGAGAUGAUGAAGAUGAUGAAUUAUUCGGAACUUUUGAUGCUCUCUUUGUGUUCUUCAAAGGCACUUUUAUUGAUUCGAAGUCUUAAAUUUAAUAUUCACAUGGUUCGAUAUAGAAUCCAUGCUAACACAAUCGCUCUCAUUUUUGAAACAAAUAACGGUGAUUCUCUGCAUCUCUUGUCAGUAUUCAAAGCGUGUUCACAAGAUGUUCAAGAUACUUUUGAAGUAGUAAUGAGAGGAUCAAAGCUGAAUUGCAGUUUUUCAACCGAGAAAUUGACUUUUUCAAAAGGAGAUCAAGGGAAUAUAAUGGUUUAUGGAUUGUCGGCUGAUAUAAUGCAAGAAAUUCUUGUAGAUCAUAUGAACUAUUUAUUGAAAGAACAAUUCAGUAACCGACUUAUUGUUACCAUUGACAAUCGGCUGAAGUAUAUUCCAAAAAUAAAAAACCUCGAAUGCAUCUUCAUUUAUGGAGAAUUAGUCGAAGCUAAAAGACUCGAACAACUUCUUUCAACCAAUCCAAAAAAUAAAGUUCUUCGCAAUUCUGCAGUAAUAGAUGGAGUUCUUGAAGAGAAUUCUUCUAUUCCUCAUAUCAACUGGAUGCAUUUGUGGGUUCGAAAUAACCUACAAUCGCAAUUGUUGUCACGGUUCACAGGAGAUUAUCUUAGCAUUUCAUCUGCAGAAAAAUGCGAUGAUUCAGUAAUUAUUAAGUUUUUGCAAGAAUGGACUUCUGGCAGAAAGUAUCAAAAUUUGAGAACUCUUCUACUUUUUUCCCAAAGAAACUCUUUCUCGAACCCUGCGAAUGUUCUUGGAAACUUUGAAACAAUGCCAUGGGAUCCACUGAGAAGACCAGCAAACUAUGAAUCGUCGAGAAAGUAA